UAUCGUUGCUUUUCGUUCGUCAACAAUGCACGAUGAAGGAGGAACACAAAGUUCUGCUAAAGUGUUUGCCAACAUUUUUAUCUCAUUUGUUGGAGCAGGUGUGUUGGGUCUACCAUUUGCAUUCAAGGAGGCUGGGGUUAUGGAGGGAUCGCUUAUUAUGACAUUUAUAGCUAUAAUCAGUACGAAGUCUCUUCUCCUUCUUAUUGAUUGCAAAUACAAGCUGAUGUCAAAGAGUGAAGUAGAAAAUGGACAUGGUGUUAAUAGCGGUCACGAGAGUCCAAUUCCUUUUGACAGAGAUCUAGAAUAUGGAGAUGUAGGAUUUCAUGCUUUGGGCUCAGUAGGUCAAUUUCUGGUUGAAAUACCUGUCCUUGUCUCUCAGGCAGGUUUUAGCUGUGCAUAUCUCAUUUUCAUAUCGGAAAAUGUGAGCAAUGUGCUUCCAGCUCUUUCAAAAAAUACUUGGUUGCUUAUCAUGAUGAUUCCUCUUUUCUUCUUGUGCACUUUGAAACAUCUAAAGAGUUUAGGAACAUUUAGUAUAUUUGCUGACUUUGCCAAUGUGUUUGCUUAUGGAAUUGUGUACUGGUUUGACUUUGAACACAUCCAUCUUGUCAAGUUACAUCCAAACACGUGGUCAAUGAAUGGCUUUACCUUUUUUGUUUGCAUGUCCAUCUAUUGUUAUGAGGGUGCAGGGAUGAUUCUCUCGCUAGAACAGUCUGCUUCACAAAACUCAAAUCAUGACUUUAGAUACCUCUUCAAGUGCGUCAUGUUUGUUGUCACUGUCAUCUAUAUAUCAUUUGGAGUGUGUGGGUAUUUGAGUUUUGGUGCUGAAACUAAUUCCAUUAUCACACUCAAUUUACCACCAGGUGUGUUUCCUCUAUUGGUUAAGUCUUGCCUCUGUUUUUCAUUGUUUUUUACAUAUCCAGUUAUGAUGUUUCCAGUGACACGUAUGUUGGACAUCAAACUUGGAAUCGACUCAAACUCAAACUCAUCAGGAAAUUCACCUAUUGCAUUACGAGCUGCUGUUGUUGUAUUCACUUGCAUUGUGGUGUUGGCUAUACCAUCAUUUUCUGAUCUGAUGGCUCUAGUUGGAGCAACUUGUUGUACUAUGCUACUGCUCACUCUUCCUGGGCUCUUUCAUUACAUAUUAUUCAAAGGGCAACUGAGCAAGUUAGAAAGUAUGCUGGAUAUCUUUCUCAUAGUAUCUGGAGUUAUUGGUGCCAUUUUGGGGACAGCAGAUGCAGUACAUAGAAUCUACACAUGAUUGUACUUACAAUUAUGAUAUACGUUUCUAUUGAACUUGAUGCACUGUAAUAGCUUUUACUAUAAUGUUACAGUCUAGAAAACAGUAAGAAGUGCGAAUACUCCAUAAAUUAAAGCACAUGGGUAUGCGACAAGUGGUUGCUGCGAGUCCAUACACAAA